AUGCGUCCAAUUUCCAGAGCCGUCCUCCGGCCGUACGUCUGCCAAACCUGCCGCCAUGGACUUGGCGCUGGCCGGCGGCGAUUUGCAUCCCAAGCCGAUUCUCCUGACCUCUACGACGUGGUUUGCGUCGGAGGCGGACCCGCGGGCCUAGGGUUAUUGGCUGCACUCCGGGCAUCUCCGAUUACCUCCAAGCUCCGAGUGGCUCUCAUCGAGACCCAGGACCUGGCCAAGGCCAAAUCUUGGAAUCUCGAACCAACCCAAUUCUCCAACAGAGUCAGCAGCUUGACCCCCUCGUCGGUGUCAUUCCUGCGCCAAAUUGGCGCAUACGAACACCUCGAUGUCGACCGCGUGCAGGAUUACCAGGAUAUGCAGGUCUGGGACGGCCAAACCGGGUCCCGAAUAUCAUUCGACUGGUCAAUGGAGACAUCCCCAUUCGAAGACCCGCGCACAGUAGCCACAAUGACGGAGAACGCGAACCUGGUCCGCGCACUCCUCCGCCGAAUCGCAGAGUCCGGCGACGAGAAUCUCUCCCUCUUCUCUAACUCAACCGUCGCCUCCAUCGAAACCGGCUCAGAUCUCAAACCAGAUGGCCCCGACCUCUCCGCCUGGCCAGUCCUCUCCAUCAAACCAACCGGCCCAGGAGAAUCGACCCCAAAGCGCAUCGCAGCCCGCCUCCUCGUUGGCGCAGACGGAAUCAACAGCCCCGUCCGCUCAUUCGCCGACAUCUCAACCCACGGCUGGGACUACGGCCGCCAUGGCAUCGUCGCAACCCUCGCGCUAGGCGAUCUUGCCGUCCCUCCUUUCCCAGCCUCAAAGCGCACUGCCUACCAGCGCUUCCUCCCUGCUCUCGGUGGCCCAAUUGCCCUCCUCCCCCUCCCAAAUAACCACGCAACCCUAGUCUGGUCCACUACACCCGAGAACGCAGCUUACCUCAAGUCUCUCUCAACACCUUCCUUCCUCGCAAUGGUCAACGCAGCCUUCCGUCUCGAUAUGACGGAUCUCAGCUACAUGAUGGGCAUGCCCUCUACCUCAGACAUCUCCCACCAAGACGAGCUCGCCUGGCGGACACAGCACACCCCUCUGCCAUCCCAAAUCCCUCCACCCGCAACCGGCGUGCAGGAUGGAACAGUCGCUUCUUUCCCCUUGCGUUUUAGACAUGCUGCGCAGUACGUUUCCCCGCGCGUCGCGUUGGUCGGAGAUGCUGCACAUGUCAUUCACCCGCUCGCGGGCCAAGGUUUGAACCUCGGACUGGCAGAUGUGGCUUCUCUGUCUAAGACGAUCCAGUAUGCCGUUUCGCACGGUAUGGAUGUUGGUGACUUGCUUACACUUGAGCGUUAUUCUUCGGAGCGGUACUUGCCCAAUGCUAAGAUCGGUGGUGCUUGUGACUUGCUCCAUAAGAUGUACAAUGUGCCUGGGGAAGGGCCUGUUGCUUGGGCUCGGAGUGUUGGGUUGGGUGUUGUAGAUCGGUUGCCUUUUGUCAAGUCAUUCUUGAUGAAGAAUGCUGAGAGUUAUUAG